UUGUGAAAAAAGGGAAUUUCUUUUGUGGCAUCCCUGGUGGAUAAUCCCACACAUAAAUUUUCUACCUUUACUUAACAUAGAGAUAAGGUUAUAACAAAGUAACUAGGGUGCAAGAAGUUUUGAAAAAUUCAAACUAAAUUGAAAUUGUUCAGAAUUUAAUUGUUUUAACUGUUUAUAAACAAUGUGCGCGGCGAAAGUUGAUAUGGAGCUUAAAGUGGCCUUUACCGAGCUCCAUCAAAAAAUGGUAGAAACGACUCGUAAGGUGAAACUAAUGGAUUUACAGGCCGAGUCCCUUAAAAAGGCCAAGCAAAAAGCGGAAAUAACAGGUGCAGUUAUAAAAGGACUUCCUGAAAAUACAAAAUUGUAUGAAUCCAUUGGAAGGUUUUUCAUGGUGCAACCGGCAUCGGUGUUAAUUAGCCGCCUAGAGGAAAAAUCAAAGCUGUGCGAAAACAAAAGGAAAAAUGUCGAGGUUGAAAAAUCUUUAUUGGAAAAAUCAUUAAAAGAGAGCGAGAACAACCUCAGGGAAAUGGUAGCACACAGGAGAGACAACGGAGGCACUAGCAAUAUUGUUUAGUGUUGAAUAAAACUUUAAAAAAAUCUUACAAAAAAAAAAGACUCAAAACUAAUUUUUAAAGUGGUUGUAAUGUGCUGAAAACCUACAAAUUAAUUUUUUUUUUGUUCAUUUGUUAAGUAUUGCAAA